GCUGGCAACCGUUGACAUAACGCUUUGCCGCCAUAGUGAGCGCCAUAGUCACCGUAGCUGUUGGCGACUGUUUCCUGUCAACUGAGGUGCACAAAUUUUCACAUUUUCACUUACAAUCAAAACCAUGCAAUCAGCGUCUGGUCCAGGUACCACCGUUGUUCAUCUAUCUCCGAAAAAUCAUACAAUUUUACAACAAAGUGGUCAACAUGUCCUACUUAGUAAAAUUGCUUCCGACUCUACUAGUAAUCGUCCACCAACAAGUGGAGUGGAAACUAGUUUAUUACAAACAGCACAUUCAAAUAACUCACAAACUAUAUAUCCAGCACAUUAUAUUGAAGCUAUCGCUGAACAAACUGUUUAUACUGCAAAUGGAGAAGGCGGUGGGAUUCUCGAAAUUAAGUCUGGUACGCCAUUAAGAAAACUAUUUGCAUCAGUCACGAAAUCUUUGUCUGGACAAUAUCAAGAAUAUACACCGAUUAUUUAUGCUCCUGUUUCAGGCGGACCAACAUAUUAUCAAACAGCUAAUGGACAAGUUUUAGCUACUGCGUUUGGUGCAGCGAAUAGUGCAACAGGUCAUGUUGGUGCCUUACAUACUGCUGCGGCGGCACAUGCAAAUUUAACUGCCACAGCUGGUGUUGGUCACGCUCAAUUAGUUACACAUCAAGGUGCAACAUAUUUAGUACAAAGUGGUCAAUUAGAUGAUGACGGAUCCUCCAUAUCCCAUACAGCAAAAGCUAGUCCUGUCACUGUUCAAUGGCUUGUUGAUAAUUACGAGACAGCUGAUGGUGUUAGUCUUCCACGUAGUACAUUAUAUUUUCAUUAUUUACAACAUUGUAAUGAACAUAAAUUAGAGCCAAUGAAUCCAGCAUCAUUUGGUAAAUUAAUACGUUCAGUAUUUUUUGGCCUACGUACACGACGACUAGGUACACGUGGAAAUUCUAAAUAUCAUUAUUAUGGUAUUCGUAUUAAGCCAAGCUCACCUUUAAAUCAUUUUAUCGAAGAUGCUGGUUUCUCACUUCGACAUUAUCCUAAUUAUCAUCGUCAAACAAUGGAAGCUGCAGCUGAAUGGAAAAAUUUCACAAAUUCUUCGUUAAAUCGAUUGAAAUCUUUAAGUACAAAUGGGAAUGGAGUCAAUAGUGGAGGUGUUGGAGUUGGGAACACUUCUUUUGGAUUAAGUAAUUUAGCAUCUCAUGUUCAUUCAACAUCACAUAUCUCAUGCAGUAAUGCCAGUAGUAAUAUUAGUAGUAGUAAUUCUCAGUUAUCUCAUUACGGUACCAGUACAACAGUGACAACAUUCCGUUCUUCAGAUAAAUCAAUGUUAAAUAAUAAUCUUUAUGUUGGUAGUGGAAGUGUUUCUUCACAUUCCACUAGUCAAAAUGUUGAUAGUGUUACUACAAAUUCAGUAACAAGUCCUUUAUUAUCUUCUAGUGGUGUUGGUAAUGGUCAACAUCAUGCACAUUUUCUUGGUGAAGCUAGUUCCGCAUUGCCUAAUCUAGAUGAAAUAUGCCGAUCAUCUGGUCUUCCUGUACCAAGUGAAGUUGAUUUGCCAGAGAAUAAAAGUCGUUUAAAAACAGUUGAAACAUCGAAUAAUUUAUCACCAAAUGAAGAUGUAAUUACAUUUUGUCGUCUUUACGCUUUAUCCGCUGGUUAUAUGCUUGAUGCUGUAGUAAAUUUAGAUUUUACUUCAAUUGAAACAGUAUGGAAAGCAUUUUGGUGCACUGAAGAAGUACGAGAUUCUCGGUUAAAACAAAGUUUAUCACAAGAACGAUUAUAUUCACUCGUGUCCGAUCCGGCCAUUUUACAAUUCAUUCGACUUUAUGAUCAUACAUUCUAUCAAUCAUUAGCUGAAGUUUUAAUACCAAAUGUACUUCGACCUAUUCCGCCAACUCUUACACAAGCAAUUCGUAAUUUUGCAAAAUCUCUUGAAGGUUGGAUGCGUCAAGCUAUACAAGGUUUAGAUACAGAUCUUAUUAAUUUAAAAAUAUCCGCUGUAUGUGCAUUAGCACAAACUCUUCGACGUUACACUAGUUUAAAUCAUUUAGCUCAAGCUGCUCGUGCUGUAUUAAAAAAUGCUAAUCAAAUUAAUCAAAUGUUGGCCGAUUUAAAUCGUGUCGAUUUCAAUAAUGUACAAGAACAAGCUUCAUGGGUAUGUCAAUGCAGUGAUUCUACUGUUAGUCAGUUAGAGCAUGAUUUUAAACGUAUUUUACAAAAGCAUGCAUCACUGGAAGAAUGGGCUCAAUGGUUAGAUACAGUAGUGACUAGCAUCUUACAACCACUUGAAGGCAAUAGUUUGGCUUAUACAAGAGCUGCACAUCAACUAGUAUUGAAAUGGUCUUUUUACAGUUCAAUGGUGAUUAGAGAUCUGACGUUGAGAUCUGCAUCGAGUUUUGGCAGUUUUCAUUUAAUUCGACUAUUAUAUGAUGAGUAUAUAUUUUAUUUAGUUGAGCACAAAGUCGCUGCACAUUUAGGCAUGACACCGGUCGCUGUUAUGGGUGAAAUGGGUAGAGAUAUUACUCAACAACAUUGUGCUCAAAAUCGAUUACAUUUGGACAAUCGUAAUGUUCCUGGGAAAUCUUCUAAAUCUAUUCACAAUAAUAAUGAUAGUAAUACAACAGUACAUGAUUCUCCACAACAUGAUAAUUCGAAUUAUUUGCCGUUUGUUAAUGAUAACAAUAAUAAUGUAGAUCAUACAAAUCCUAUAUUUCAUCAACAAAAGCACUCAAUUAAUUUAACUAAAGACCGUGUUGCUGUUGUAGGCAAUGAUGAUUGUAAUCCGGACACUAACACUAAUAAUGUUGUUAGUCGCGAGAAAAAUAGACGGGAACAACAACAAUUAGACAGUGAUGGUGUCAUUGUUGACGAAGAUGUCAUGGAUCAUCAUCAUGAUGAUGACGAAGAAGUGGAUGAUUUCGAUGAAGAAGUUGAUGAGUACUUAGACGAUGAAGAUGAAGUGGAUGAUUCAUUAGGUGAUGAAAAUGCCAUGUUAAAAGAAGCACAUGCUUCAGCACAAGCUUAUUGUCGAAACUCUUCAAUCGCUGCGACUUCUACUGUCCUGAUACCUCAAUCAUUAGAUUCAACUGAUGAUAUGCCUAAUACUACUGGCAUGAAGAAAGAUACUUUGAAAAUGGAAGAUGAACCAAGCCAUGAAAAACAGUCAAACAUUCAAGAUGUUAUUGUCAAUGAUAACGAUAACAAUAAUGAUAUUGUUGACGACGAAGUGGUAGUAGAGAACACUGACGAGGGAACCGAUAACAAUAAAAAUAAAUUAGAGAAGUUAACUCAAAAAUAUCCGAAUCUACUCAAUAAUGAUAAAAUUAGUUCGUCGACACCUGUUGAAUUAACUGUUCAACAAUCCAAUAAAGAUAAAAUAUCAACCAGUACAACGACAACCACUGGUAGUUGUUCUCCACCGUCAAUCGUAACAAUGGCAUAAAUAUUUAAUAUUAGAAAAUAUGGAAGCACUGGACGGAUGUUUCGUCCCAGUAUGAAACUCCUCAGUAGUAUGCAUCCUCGAUCCUGCAUUCAGAAAUCGAACCCAGGACUUUCAGUUCCACAUGCGAAUGCUUAACCUUGUGAAUUCGACUGUGAAAACACUACAAUCUCCAUAAAUCCCUAUACUGAUUAGAAAAUGUAUAAAAAUAAUGCCUAAUCCUGUACGUAAAGUUGUCCGUGUCACUACAUUUUGUGAUGCAAAACAACCAUCAGUAGUUGUAGAGUCGUCAUUUGCUAAUUCUACACCAUUUACAACUAGUGUAGCUACUACUACUAUUGCUUCUACUACUGCUACUACUCCACGUUCAAUUAAUGUAAAACAAUCACCACCUGGAUCAUCUUCAACAAUAACAAUUAAUUGUAAUAGACCAAUUGAAAUUCAUCCUUCUUCUUUUCAUAUCACUAAUACAACUCCAUCUUCUAUUAUUAAUAAUGGUAAUACAACAAUAGUAAAUAAACUAACUGUUACUACCAAUUCAACUAUUCCUACUGAUAUAAUCUAUGCAAAACGACCAAAAUUAUCCUAAUCACCAUGUAUACCUUCCUAUUUGUUUCAAUGAAAGAACCUCAUUAUUAAUAUGUGCAUUACAAUCAUUAAUUAUUGCAUAUCACAAAACUGGUGAAAGGCAGCAGUCAUUAAAGAUAAUAAAGUGUGUGUUUUUCUUCCACAGAAUUUUCUAUUCCUUCUUUUUACACUUUCAUAACUAUCAGCACCUAUGUUUGUGCUUGUGUGUGUGUGUGUAUGUAUGUAUUGAAUAAACGUUUAGUACAAUUUAAUAAUUUCUUGUGUGCACAAUCAUUCCAUUUCUUCUUUUUUCUGUAUAUUGUUUAUCCAAUCACUAAAGUUUGUGUUUUGAUGAUGAGACUCUGUACACAUUUAUAUGUUGAGAGAGAGAGAGGGGAAUGCGCACCUAAAAGGAAUGGGACAGAUCAUUUCCAUUCUCUAUGAUAAUAACUCCAAUUGAGUAUACUUUCGCACUAUUUAAAUAUUCUUGUCAAUAUGACAACUAUUUGCAGUAUGUUCAAGUGUAUGUAUGUGUGUGUGUUUUGGUUAUUGUGUUAGAUUGUCAUGUUGUCUGUUUUGUGUAUAUUAAUGAUUUCUGUAUAAUAAAAUCAACAAUCUUAAGAUC